CUUAUUCCUCCCAAAAUUCAAUGCUUUUCUUGUUAUUUCACGCAAUCCUCCUCCCUCGACACCACUCACCCGCAUUAUGUAGAGAAUUUCCCAUAACAAACCUUCUGUUCAAAACAAGAAACCCACUUUUUUACGUGUAAAUAUAUCCAUUUUUCAUAUCAUGCAAGCAUGAAGAUAAAUCUUCAGAAACUGCCUCUAGCCAUCAAGCCUUUCAUCCUUUCCCUCUUUCUCUCUCUAUCCUUCUUAGCCUUCCUUUCUUUACAAACUCCACGUCACUCUCUCCAAAAACCCACCACCGCUAACCUCCCACCGGAUCUCCGAAUCCGACCCGGUUAUUCUUCGUACGAUGCAUACAUCGAGCGCCAGCUCAACAAGACCCUUAACCCGAAACUCCGACAAAUCUGGACAACCCGGGAUUGGGAUCGCAAAGUCCGCGUCUUCUCCGAAUUCUUCGAAAAUUUGAAGCUUCGAGGUUUCUUAUCUAAUAACUCAAAAGCUCUUUGCGUUGGUGCACGGGUCGGGCAGGAAGUGGCGGCACUAAAACGGGUCGGAGUUAACGAUUCAGUUGGCAUUGACCUGGUACCUUAUCCUCCGUUAGUGAUUAAAGGUGAUUUUCAUCAUCAGCCGUUCGAUGAUCGGACUUUUGAUUUAGAGUUUUCAAAUGUGUUUGAUCAUGCGCUUUAUCCAUGGAAGUUCGUCGGGGAGAUUGAACGGACGUUAAAGCCCGGCGGGAUUUGCGUGUUACACGUGGCGUUAUCUAGACGGGCUGAUAAGUAUUCGGCUAAUGAUUUGUACAGUGUGGAGCCACUCAAGGAAUUGUUCAAGAUGUGUGAGCUGGUUGAGGUGAGGCGCAUUGAUGGAUUUGGGUUGGAUACUGAGGUGGUUUUUAGGAAGAAGAAAAAGUAGAAAACGAAACAAAUUCAUUUUUGUGAAUCUUAUAUGCAUUAGGUUUUUAAUUUGCUUUUACAUUA